UCGCUGGGUUUGAAGAGGGGAGGAACCUUGAGGACGGCAUAGCAACACAAACCUUUUAAAGACGGAGGCACACACCCCGCAGCCUCAGUUCAUCUUUCCUCUCUGGCCAGAAGCAGAACCUCGUAGCCAUGCUCAGCCUCAUCAAACUGCCACGAGUCUUCACCAUCAAUCAAGUGCCCAAAAUUUUCCAUGAGGACAGCAUCAUUUCCGGGUACCGGCACCCCCGCAGCUCAGCCACCGACUGCAUCCUCAGCCUCUUCCAGCUGACCAAUGAGACGCUCAACAUCUGGACGCACUUCUUGCCCACAUGGUACUUCCUAUGGAAGCUGGUGACGGUGGUGCUGAUGCAGACAGCAUGGCAGGACUCCUUCACCUGGCCGCUGGUGAUCUUCCUGCUCUCCUGCUGCAUUUAUCCGCUGGCGUCCAGCUGCGCUCACACCUUCAGCACCAUGUCGGCACGGGCGCGCCACAUCUGCUUCUUUUUUGAUUACGGCGCCCUCAGUCUCUACAGCCUGGGGUCAGCUAUGGUCUACUCGGCUUACGUUUUCCCCGACAAGUGGGUGAACGGCUCCUUCCACCAGCUCUACAUCCCCAUCGCUGUGGUCAACACUGUCAUCUGCACAUUCCUGGCAUGCUACUCCAGACUUGGCUUACCCUUUCUGCAAUAUAAUCAUGACGUCAUAAAGAGAUUCCCUGAGUGCCAGAGUCCGAAGUUCAGCAAAGUUCUCCGCAUUGUGGCCUUUGCCUACCCCUACCUGUUCGACCACAUUCCUCUCUUCUACAGGGUGUUUGUGUGCGCAGGAGAAGGCUGCACAGAUAAUGACACCAACAUCCUCCACUACAACCACAUCGCCUUGGCUUUCCUCACAGCCUUUCUGUUUGCCACACAUUUGCCCGAGCGCCUGGCUCCUGGCAGCUUUGACUACAUAGGUCACAGCCACCAGCUCUUCCACGUGUGCGGGAUCCUCGGCACCCACUUCCAGAUGCAGGCCAUCGAACAGGACAUGGUGACGCGGCGCCCCUGGCUCGCCGAAAACUCCAUCCCCAUCACAUUCUCCAACUCACUGGGUCCGGCGCUGCUUUGUAUCGUGCUGAAUUUCGCUGUCAUCAUCCUCUACAGUCUACCUCUCCUGUGUGCUCCAGUCUGCCCAGACAAGAAAAACGAUAAAGCGCCAGUGAAAACCUCAGCCAAACACUGCCACGGGUGUAUGUAGCUUCAUGAGUCCUGGCUUACAGACAUUUGCAAAUAGUGCCUUAUGGGUAAUACAAAGAUACUGUAAAGAACACUCCUGAUCUAUGAUGACAUGACGUAGUCUUUAAAUGAAUCGCGGUUUGUAUUUAGCCUUAAGAAGUCUGCCGUUAGUGUGUGGGUGCGCUGAAAAUAAGCUUGUGUAAUGCAGUGGAAGUUUUGUAAAUCAUUUGUUACAAUAAUAAGUGAAUGUAAAUGUUUCUGAGGAAACUUUCUCCUGCGGAAAGCUGCAAAUGUGGCUGGUUAGCCACAUUCUGAGGCAGUGCCUUAUCUGUUUAUAAAGAUUUUUGCUCAGUUCUCUGAUUUCACGUGAUGUAUGAAGAGGCUGCAGAAGACCAAAACUGUAAAAUACAAAUUUUAAAUUGUUUGUGCGAAAUUCAGAUUGUACAUUUUCAUAUUUAUAAUGCACACGCUUUGCACUGUCGCUGAGAGGAAUGAGUGCUUUGAACUACCUGAAAAGAGGCAACUCAGUAAAUUGAAGGUUUAGUUACUUUAGUUUAGUUACUGAUAAUGUCGAUGUCUUAAACAGAGCUAACGUUGAUUUCCCUCGAAUGACUGGUGUUUCUGUCCCAUUUAAUAUUGUUACAUUGCUCCUUUAAGGCAAAACUAAAGUAUUUAAGUACAAAGUUAUUUAUUAAGAGUUUGAGAGUUUUUCCAAAUAAAUUAUAAACCAAA